AUCAAUUGACAUGUAAGUGUCGUUUGAAGAACGGAAGUUGAUGAGUGGUGACGUAGAACUACUUUAUAAUAUUAACCAAGUUCGCGUCGUAUCUCGCAGCUGCAUUUGAACAGUGAUGAUGAAAGUACACACGUGCAUUUUAGCGGCAAUUUUCUUCGGACAAAUUUCGAAGAUAGAAGGAUUUCCUUCUGAUGACGAGGACCUGUGGAUUGAGGGAUCGGGUUCUGGGUCGGGUUCUGGAUCGGGGGCCGGAUGCUUUCAGAUUCCUCCUGAUAAAAAUUGCACCUGCAGCACCCUCUUUGAUUGCGUUCAGACUUGUUCAGACUUGGAGUGUGAUCUGACUCUUGUCGAUUGUUUAGAUGGUGAUGUUUACGGAAACUGCAGAAGUCGAUUAAACUCAAUGAGCACUUUGGACGAAAAGCCAAACGCCGUCAAUACGGAAACAACGUUGAUAAUAGCCGGAAGCGUGGGGGCGAUCGCCAUUGUUCUGAUAGCGGCCAUCAUCAUCUUCAUCUUUGCAUUCAGAAAAAUGAAAUAUGGUGGCACAGGAAGGGGUGAAAGAGGUAUCAUUACUGGUAGUGGAUCCCAACCACAACUACUAAAGCAAGACCAAGAACCCUCCAAGACCCCAGCCGGCCCUGUAGGGAACGGUAGACAUGCCAACCACUAUGAAGACAGCAGUUCAAGAAGUUUUGAAAAGUCGGCGCCAAAUAUUGUUUAAUUUCCGAUUCAGAAAUUAAACUGGGUUGUUAGUCAGACAGUGCAUCUACAAACGAUUACCAAAAAAUCCCGCGAAAAACAAAUUUAUGUGAGAGAACAUAAAAUUUCUCGAUACACCGAUGCUACCUCUCUUUCUCUUGCAGACAAUGGUUCACCAAAAUAACUUUUUUCUGCUUUUGAUGUUUCAGAUUUCUUUUCGGAACUACAUGUAUAUGUAUAGAUAAAAACAGUUAUUGGGUAAAUGAUAUAUAGAUUGCAUCACAAAGUCUCUGAAAUGCACUGGGGUGAAAAGACUGCAAGCCAUGGUUAGACAUAAUUUUUGCAAACCAUGCAUGCUGUGGAAAAAAAUUAGGUGAUUCUUGCAUCUCUUACGUUGUAACAUAUAUUUUGAUAUGAUGUUUUCGUUAAAAAAAAAUUUUCGUUCAUGGCAGCAAGUUAUAAACGUAAUAGACUAAAACAAGUAUAUGAAAAGCGAAGCUCGUAAUAUUCCAGGAUUAGUAUGCAUAAAAAUUCUUUUCUAAAACUUCUUAAGUACAAUGUAUAUAUUCAGCUAAAGAAGAUUCUCGAGUUCCGUUACAUAACUUUUAAACAACAUAAUUAGUAGUUCUUUGUGAAGCAGAUCAUAUCACAAUUUGCUUAACGUUGUAAUAAAACAAACCAUCACUGAAUAAUUCACUACAAAAUAAAGAAUGUACUGUCUAGCACCUAAACAAAUAAGAAUUUUAAAAAUCCUUACUUUGAAACAAAUUAUACCUUACAGCAAACACUGUUUUUGAGAGAACUAUGCAAUUUCUUUAUGAAAAUAAAGAAAAUGUGCUCCCAUACCUAGAAUGGCCUUACUUAACAUUUAUAAUAACGCGAUUGUCUCUCCUACCUAGAAUGACCAUACUUUACAGUUAUAAUAACGCGAGUUUUCCUCUACAAGGACUGUAUUUCACGUUUGCAUUACUUGCUGAUGCAGUGACGGCUCCUGACGGGGUAUCGUCAGAAAAGUUGACUAAGAAAAUGUUAAAAUAACACCUUUCUAGCCCCACUCCCCCUUUGAAAAGCAAAAUUGAUGAUAGACCCCCAUCCCUUUAAAAAAUUCCUGGAUCCGUACCUGUAAUGCGUAAGUACCAACUCUUGGUUUCUUUUACGUCUCUGUAUCAUAUCUUUGUAUAUUAGUGACAAACGAAUGAAUCUCUUGAAAUCACUUUCACUUUCACGAUCAAUGUCCAAUACAUGUCGGUAAAUAAAUGAAAAAUGUUAUUAUGUACAAUACAUGAUUAAUUAAAAAAAUGAAUUAAAAAACAAA